AUGGACGUCCGGGUGGCGCGGGCCGCGUGGGCCCGGUGCUGGGGCGCGGGCUGCCGCCGCGGCGCCUCCCGCUUGCCGCCGCCCCCGCCGGGCGCGGUGGACGUGGCGGAGCUGCUGCGGGGGGCGAGCGCGGCGGAGGGGGGGCCCCCGGAGGCGGCGGCGCGGCGGCUGCCGGGCGGGUGCUCCGUGCUGCUCUUCCCGGGCCAGGGCAGCCAGACGGUGGGCAUGGGCCGCGGGCUGCUGCGCUACCCGCGCGUGCGCGAGCUCUACGCCGCCGCGCGCCGCGUGCUGGGCUACGACCUGCUGGAGCUGAGCCUGCGCGGGCCGCAGGAGGCCCUGGACCGCACCGCGCACUGCCAGCCCGCCGUCUUCGUGGCCUCGCUGGCCGCCGUCGAGAAGCUGCACCACCUGCAGCCCGCGGUGAUUGAGAACUGUGUUGCUGCUGCUGGAUUCAGUGUGGGAGAAUUUGCAGCCCUGGUGUUUGCUGGAGCCAUGGAAUUUUCUGAAGGUCUGUAUGCAGUGAAAAUCCGCGCUGAGGCCAUGCAGGAAGCCUCGGAAGCCAUCCCCAGUGGGAUGUUGUCUGUCCUCGGUCAGCCUCAGACCAAGUUCACCUUCGCCUGUUUGGAAGCCCGGGAGCACUGCAAGACUUUGGGCAUAGAGAACCCCGUGUGCGAGGUGUCCAACUACCUCUUUCCUGGCUGCAGGGUGAUUUCCGGACACCUGGAGGCACUGCAGUUUCUCCAGAAGAAUUCCUCUAAGUAUCACUUCAGACGCACCAAGAUGUUGCCGGUUAGUGGAGGGUUCCAUACCCGCCUCAUGGAGCCAGCCUUGGAGCCCCUGGCGCAAGUUCUAAAGGCAAUCGAUGUCAAGAAGCCGCUGGUUGCCGUGCACUCAAACGUCGACGGGAACAGAUACAUGCAUCCGAAACACAUCCGGAAGCUGCUCAUCCAGCAGGUGGUCUCCCCGGUGAAGUGGGAGCAGACGAUGCACGCCAUGUACGAGCGGGGGAAAGGCACCGAGUUCCCCAGGACUUUUGAAGUGGGACCCGGGAGGCAGCUGGGAACCAUCCUGAAGAACUGUAACCUGCAGGCCUGGAGGUCCUACAGCCACGUGGAGGUGCUAGGGGCUGACGAGGACUUGGAGGAGGACCCGUAGGGGGAGUCUCCCGGUGACCACGGGGUGGGGCGGCUCUGAGAGGAGGCUGUGCGCGGGCCUGCCCUGCCUCCCUGUUGGGCUUCCUCCUCCGAGUGAUUGGGAGGGACUGUCUGCAAAGUGCUUUGAAUGCCACAUAAAAAGCACUAAAAAUGAGUAUUUCUUCACAUGACACAAGCCAUUUCUCCCCCCGUGAAACAGGUUUUAAUUCAGGGGAGAAAGAUGCAGCAGUGCCGGUUACGUGAAGAGACUGAGUUCUUGCUGUGCCUCGUGGGCGCAGCACGUCACCUCCCGGGCCCAGGUGUCUCUUCUGUAAAGUGGGCUGAAACAACCCAGUUGGCUUGUGUGUUCCGAGGACGUGGGGUGCUGGGCCUGUUGGCCAUCACGCCCUUUUGUUGGGGUGCUGUGGGCGUACUGGCCUCCGCUGCUGCCCCGGCGGCCUGGGGCCACGGGAAUCGCGAUCUUAGGGCUUGGGACCCAAGUGGCCUUGGCAGCCACUCGGUCCCCCAUCACUCAGCUGUUGGGAGACCCAGCCCCACACUUGUGUACUUAGCCAACAGACAGUGUUGAGUGCGUGCUGUGUGCCAGGGACUGAGUGACCUCUGCCCUGGUGGGGAAGAGUGUCCUUUAGCAAGAUGGGAGGGCUGUGGGGCCGGCCCCAUGGCUUAGCGGUUAAGUGCAAGCACUCCGCUACUGGCAGCCCGGGUUUGGAUCCUGGGCGCGCACCGACGCACCACUUCUUCGGCCAUGCUGAGGCCGCAUCUCACAUACAGCAACUAGAAGGAUGUGCAACUAUGACAUACAGCUAUCUACUGGGGCUUUGGGGAAAAAAAAUAAAAGGAGGAGGAGUGGCAAUAGACGUUAGCUCAGAGCCGGUCUUCC